GACCGGGUUGUAUCCGGUUUCCGGUCAAAACCGGAACGGUUUAAACUGGGCAGUUUCCGGUUUGACCGGAAAAUUGUAACCGGAUUUCCAGCCCUAUUAUAUAAUAUGGGUUCUAUCAAUGAAGCUCCUAUUGAUCUAAAGCUUCCCUUCAUCGACUUCUCAAACCCUCAUCUGAAACCAGGCACUCCCCAUUGGGAUUCCUUGAAAUCCCAAGUUCGAGAAGCACUUGAAAACUAUGGUUGCUUCGAAGCUUCCUUCGACAGGGUUCCUAGCAAGCUUCGAAGCGAUGUUUUCGAUUCAUUGGAGGAGCUUUUCGAUCUGCCUUUGGCGACCAAACAAAGAAGUAGUGUUGUUCCAAACGCAUUUCAUCAAGGUUACUUGGGGCAGCAUCCUUUGUAUCCGUUCUUUGAGAGCUUUGGGUUAGAGGAUCCUACCUUGCUUGAAGUGAUCCAGAACUUCUCCAACACAUUGUGGCCCCAAGGAGGAAACCCAAGUUUCAGCAAAAACAUUCACUCCUUGUCUGAAAUGGUCUCUGAAUUGGACCUAACGGUGAUGACAAUGGUACUAGAGAGUUUUGGGCUUGAGAAAUAUAUGGACGAACACAUGAGCUUCGCAAGUUAUCAUUUGAGGGUCAUGAAAUACGAAGCAGUUGAUUCCCAAGCCACCUUAGAUCCAAAACUUGUGUUGAGAGUCCACACCGAUAAAGGUCUGAUCACCAUACUGUGCCAGAAUGAGGUCGAGGGACUGGAGUUUGAAACCAAGAAAGGCGAGUGGGUUAAAUACACGCCGACCUCUCCUAGCUCUUUCGUCGUCUUGGCUGGUGAUUCUCUUCAUACAUGGCUGAACGGUAGGGUUCACUAUCCCUAUCAUAGGGUAAGGUUGUGUGGAAACGAUAAGCCGAGGUAUUCGUUUGGGCUUUUCACAACCCCGAAGGACGAAAGCACUGUGAAAGCUCCAGAAGAACUGAUUGACGAACAACAUCCGUUAUUGUUCAAGCCCUUUGUUUAUAAGCAGUAUCUUGACGUGGCUUUUACCCAAACUGGCCGUAAAGAGGCUGCUCCUUUACGUGCAUUUUAUGGCCUCUGAAAAUAUAUGCCAUGCAUAUGCACAAAUCCUGUACGUGUCUUUAAUUUGUUCGGCUCAAGAUGUAAUAAGAGGUAUAUAUGGCCGGUGGUGUGUUAAUUACCUUAUGUCUUUGUAAUCACGAUUAUAUAUGUUUAUAGUUCCCAUGGGUAAUUGGAUGUAAUGGAACGUCAAAUGACCUUAGCUAUAAGAAAAAUUAUUAGAAUUAUUAAGUCCCAAGUUCAAAAAAAUCGGAAUCACUGUUCAUUAAGAAAUUUUCGGAGAUUACUGUUCACAUUCACAAGGGAUUCUAAGAUUCUCCAGUGGGUAGUUUCACAUGAGCCCAUGUUUAUUUUAGUUGGGCCGGCCCAGCAUAGCGGUUGAUAUGCUUUUCAGUUCCUUUAGGGCCCGUUUAGUAUCAUUUUGUUGUUGUUGUGGUUGCAGUGGUGUUUUGUAAACAGAUGUACAACCACAACAGGAAAAAAACAGAAAACAAAAACCUGUUUAGUUGAUAAAUCUGACAAAUCAUGAAAACUGAAAACAAGAAACAAAAACGCGUUUAGCUACUACUAUAAGAACUAAAAACCAGGAAAAAGAGAUAUGUCCUCAAUAUUAAGCAAAGUCUCACAAAAUUCAAUUUGUCUAACAUCUUUCAUGUUCCUUACAUAAAAAAUAAUACUAAACAUGAUUAUCACUCCAUAACUGGUUAGCAAUGGCAUCACGCUUCUCGGUCAUCUCACGUGUUGCUGCAUAGCUGACGUUGAACUCAGUGAGUGGUAGUUCAACCCCAGAAGUCGAACCUUCUUCAUCUCCACACAAUCAACAUCACCAUUUUCAACAAUUUUCUCCAUAACUGAGGUAAACCACAAAACAAAGAACAUAGCAAUCA